CUCAUUCUGCGCAUUGCCCACGUGUUCUCUCGCCUCAUUGACCUGCCCGACAACAGUCCGACUAGUCUGACGGGCAGGGAUUUGAUGGCUACGUGGGCGGCCGGCCUCUAUGAAAUUGGUCUGUCUACUCUGCAGAAAACUGGAUCGCAGUUUGCGUCCCCGUUAUCUGUGUACAGAGUGGCGAGUGGACGCACCAGUGAGGAAGAAAAUCUGCUCUUCCCGUCAGAUCUUGUAUCUGACUGGUGGCAGGACACUGCCGUCGAGAACGAUCCUAGCGCUGAUCAGGUUUGGUUCUGCUCCAGUUGGAUCUGGGUUGCUAGCUGGUUGCUGCACCAAAUAGAGGACCCUACUGUUGAAAACAUUGGCAAGCGCGUCUAUCAGCAUAUCCACCUGUUGAAGAGUCAACGCACCACCUCGCCAAACUUCAAAACUGCCGAGUGUAUUUUGUUUGCCGGACAGUUAACUAACGCCCUACUUACCAGCGUGAGCAGUGGUGCUCCAGCCCCCCUGAGCAACAUCACAGUGACCUCUCUUGUGAAUACAACAGAGCUUCUCCUUAACGCCGCGCUCAGCGCACCAAAGAAAUCGUCUGCUGCUGGGGAUGAUGUGGUACUACCAUUAGAAUUGCCUUCACCCUGUUUUAUUUAUAGCACAUAUAACCUCAUUUAA